GAAAAAUAGGGUUGACGCUUCUCAUUCACUUUGUACAUCGCUUGGCUUCUUCUCAGUGGAGGUGGUGGCUCUCUCUGAACUCGAUCGAUCGAUCGAUCGUUCUCUCUUGCUUAAGGUUAUUUGAUAUAUUGUGGGUUUUUUUCACAAUGUAAGUUGGUUUUCCACCCACAACAAUGAAAAAUUCUCGUGAUGUUUCAAUUCUCCCUCCAGAACUCUUGACGGAAAUCUUCUCAUGGCUACCCGUGAAGACCCUCAUGCGAUUUGCGUGCGUUUCCAAGUCAUGGAAAUCACUUAUCAUUGACGAUUCAUCAUUCGUGAAACUGCACCUCAAUAGAUCUCCAAAAAACACACAUAUUCUCCUCAACAUAGCAAACGACCCUUACGACUUUGAAAAUGAUGACACUUGGGUUGUUCCAUCCUCUGUGUGUUGCUUGAUUGAGGAUCUGUCCUCCAUGAUCGAUGCUAAAGGGUGCUAUCUUUUGAAGGACGGUCAUUUGGUCAUUGGCUCCAGCAAUGGAUUGAUUUGUUUCGGCAACUUUUACGAUGUUGGCCCAAUUGAAGAAUUUUGGGUUCAACUUUGGAACCCGGCCACACAUUUGAAGUCUAAGAAGUCACCAACAUUUAAUCUGAGCAUGCGAACUUCAGUGGAUGCUCCGCCCGGUAAGGUGAAUUUGGGGUUCGGCUAUGAUAAUUUGCAUGAUACAUACAAGGUGGUGCUAGUGCAUUGGAAUUGUACAAAGCAGAAAAUGGAGACAAUGGUUUAUUGCGUGAAUGAUAUUUUUUGUAGAAAGAUUUUGAGUGAUCCUUGUUCCCCAAUUUUGCUAAACCAAAUCAAAGGACAAUUUGUGGGUGGUUGUCUUAACUGGUUAGCACUUAAAAAUAUGAAUGAUAUCAAAUAUCAAUGGGACAAUGUUACUCUCGACCAACUGGUUAUUGCUUCCUUUGACAUGAGUAAGGAGGUGUAUAGGUAUCUGCCACUUCCUAAGGGUGUAACUGAGGUGCCUCGUUUUGAGCCAAGUCUUAAGGUUCUAGGGAAUCACAUGUACCUUUUCCAUGACCAUAACAGUAUCCAUUUAUUUGUGUGGAAAAUGGUAAAGUAUGGAGCUCUAGAGUCUUGGACUCAGUUGUUGAGUAUCAGUUAUGAGCGUCUUCAUUGUAUUGGAUUUCCGUAUAUCCCAGUGCCGAUGUUCUUGUUAGAAGAUGGUGACAUUCUUAUGAUCGCAAUAACAGAGAAUUUGGAGUUUAUAAAGUAUAAUAUAAGAGAUUAUAGUAUGGAGUAUAUUCCAAAUCCCAACGAAGUAUUUUGGAUGGAUGCCUAUGGUUAUGUACCAAGUCUAGUUUCUCCUUGUCAAGACUAAGAAGAUGGACAAGAUUGAGAGAGAAAAUGCACUCUUGGAUGGCAAUUGCAAAGAUCACAUAAAUUCUCAGACAAUAUUUGAUUUGUACCUUAUUAGCAUAAUGAAGUCUCUUAAAUUUGGUGAAUAUUUUAAGUUAUGUUGCAAUGGUAGUGAAUAUUAUAUUUGUCUAGGAAAAGAUAUUGUCAUACUUAGAAAUUCUAAUAUUUUAAUACCUAGUUUUGAAUUUA